UUUAAUCCGUAAUUACAAGAGGAAGACCAAGGACUGGCCGUUCAUCUGCGCCACGCGUUGAAAAGAAAAACGCCCAUGUUGAUCCAGCCGCCGAGGAGAACAGAAACACAACCUGAAGCUUCGGCCGGAGCGUCGGCCAGAGGAUGGGGCGGAGGAUCAGCUGGAGGAUCAGCUGGAGGAUCAGCAGGAGGAUCAGCAGGAGGAUCAGCAGGAGGAUCGGGUGGAGGAUGGUGUGGAAGAUGGGGUGGAAGAUGGGUGGAGGAUCAGCAGGAGGAUCAGCAGGAGGAUCGGGUGGAGGAUCGGGUGGAAGAUGGGGUGGAGGAUCGGGUGGAGGAUCGGGUGGAGGAUCAGCAGGAGGAUCAGCAGGAGGAUCGGGUGGAGGAUCAGCAGGAGGAUCAGCAGGAGGAUCGGGUGGAGGAUCGAGUGGAGGAUGGGGCGGACACUCAUUGCAGAGAGGAGCUGCUCCUUUACCUGAAGAGGAUAAUGACUAUGAAAAUGCUCCAAAUUCAGAUUAUGUGGUUAUUCCAGAUUAACUGUCAAACCAGCCUGAAACCGAAGGACAACAAGAACACAGACUGAACUUUAUUUGGGAUUAGAUGCUUUAUUUUUUAUGCAAAGCUCUGAGGAGAUUUAUUGCAUUUGCACAAUUUAGGUAAAAAAAGCCUGAAAAGGUGUGUGAAUGUAGAGUGAAUGUCCUCCCAGUUAUUGACUCUGAAUGAGAGGAUGAACUUCUGCAGUUUCUCUGUGAGCGCAGAAGAAGAAGAAAGAAGAGAAGUAGCGCUCUGCAAUCACAAAAGCUGUAUUUACUUUGACAUUUUGUUUUACUCCUGGCAGUAGAAACUUUGAUAUUUAAUAUAGACAUUUUUGUGCUGUUUGUUCUGAUGUGCAUAAAAUAAAUCUUAUCUGAACAUCAUUAAAGGGUCAUAAGCUG